GAUAUGUCUGAGAGACACAACACACAGCAAAGGACAUUUCUUUUUAUAUUUAAAAAGCAUCUGUAAGAGAUGUUUGAACCACACAUUUAAAGAUUUUCAAAAGUGUUUUUAUACAAGUGUUGGAAUGAAGAGAGAGAAAAAGACAAGGACGGUAAAACUAGAAAAACAUGAACCAGACACUUUUCCGAUGAUCGUAGGUAAAGUGAAGAUAUCAAUGCCCAAGAUGAGAACCGUGAAAUCAAAGGAGAAGAUUAAAGUUGCCUCAAACUCUAUCUCAGCCAAGGCUACUACUUGUGAGACUUCAGGGAGUAAAAUGAAGCUUUGUGUCGACCUGAUGCCUGUUCUGGCUGCAGCAAAGGAGAAUGUGGAGGAACAUGACGAAGAGGAAGAAGAAAAGAAAGAGGAAGAGAAGAAAGCAAAACACAACAGCUGCAUGAAUCAAAAAGACACAGAAACCAGCAGCAAAGAUGACUCUGUGGAACAAACACUUGAUUCUUUCCUGGGAUUACAUUUGGACAUCGAUAUUGAACAAUCACUAAAUUAUUGUUCUGUGCUGCCACCUGUGACUCAAUCUAAAGCCGCUGCUGAGUUUUGUGAAUGUCAGAAAAUUUCCCACACUCCUCUGCCUCCCAUCAGAUUGUCUGAUCAAACAAGAAGCAUCUCUCCAUACUUCACAACAAAAGACUGCAGAGGCGACGGGUUGGUUACAGGAGAAGAAGCAGACUGCAGGACCUGGAUGGAGAACCCCCAGGUCUCUAAAAGUAGAUCUCCAGAUUUUCGUCUUGCUGACAUCUCCUUGUCCAGCCUGGACACUCUGCUGCAGACGGUAACACAGAAACUGAAGAGGAAGAGGAGAGGAGGGGAUGAAGUGCCAGCAGACCAUCUCUUGGUGGCUGUUAGAGAACAACACUUGAAAGAAACGAGCGUCCCAGAGGGAGGGGACUUGGCCAUCAUGGAAGCAGUAGCAUCAGUGGGUGGAUAUUGUCUAAACAGACAGAGGAUCCUGCCUCCACUUUUAUCUGCAUCAACACCGAUGCUAAGAAUCACCAUGACGAAGAUAAACUUCCUGACUUCCACAGCACAGCAGUGAUUCACCGAAAACAACCAAUUGGACACAAAAGAUACAGCACAGCAUGUUUAAAAAGUAUACAGGAAACCAUAUAGUUUUAUUUUCCUUCAGGACAAGACAUUCACGACAGACAUAUACCCGUUUCUCCUUUCCUAUACUAGCAUAUCUCCAGUAUAUAAUGCACAUCUUAUAGUAGAUGCACAGAUAAAUUAAUGUUCAAGUAGAACUUUUCAAGCAUAAUACAUUAACAUUACAUUCAGUAGUGAAGACGUUCAUUCCAAAAUGACACAACCAUUUUACUCCAUCUUUAUGUUUCUGCACAAUUUCAGUCUUCUCAAUACAUUAACCUUUUUACACAUAUUAUCUUGUAAGAGUUAUAUUUGUUUCAUGCCUUUAGUAACUUCUGUAACAAUCUUUUGAAUAUGUAACAGUGCAGUAAGAACCUGCUUUGGACAUUCAGUCAGCUGCUGUGACAGAAUGGUAGAAAGAUAGAAUUGAUAGAAAAAAGAGAAAUACAGUUUAAGGAAAGAAACUAAAAAAUAAUAAAGGGAAACCCAGCUUUAUUAAAGGUAAUCUUGUUAUGUUUGGUGUUUGUGGGUCUGACUGAACCCUAUUUUUAGUUGUUUGUAUUAUAGAUCUCAGAUUUAUUUGAUUUGAAAUAUGAUUAAUUUGGAUUGUUGCAAACAUGCCUUACUGAUUAAAUAAGGUCAUAUGAAAUACCCUCGGUUUCAAAACCGCACCCCCCCACCAAAAAAAAAAACCCAGAAUAUUUUUGAAAGAUAAAAGACUAAAUACAUUUUUGAUAAAAAAAAAAACACUUGUCAAGUUCAUCAUUUAGUAUUUAAGAGGUAUUUCACAAUGAACCUAAAGUAA